GCCCAGGCCCGGCUGGUGAGCAGGAGUCUGGCCCGAGUUGGCUGGAGCUGUUGCCAUGACAAGCAUUUUCUUAAGAAAGCUCUGCUGUUGAGACCGUCUGAAGCGGGGGGUUGAAGGGGGGGCACGAACUUCCUGGGGAACGGUCUCCCCGAGGAGGGCAAGCCCAGAGACACCCGCCCAGCUCCCAGCACCCUUUUCUUCCAGGAACCUGAGAGGUCCUUUCCUUUGGGAGGGCUAGGGGAGGAGACCCAGCCCACUCCCCGGUCGUAGCUGGAAAGGCAGGAGAGACCAGCCAGCAUCUCCGGCGUGGUUGCCACACGGGGGACACCGGUGGGUCGUCACCCCCCCCUACCUCUGUCCAUGGAAACCCGGAGAAAGAGUCCCGCGUGGAGAAGCCUGGAUCUCUGCUAGAAAGAAAGGGAAACCUCAGCAGUUUCUCUCUACCGCUCGCAAAACAUCCUCAGACUUUCACGUCUAUAAUUAGCAGUGGAAAAAGCUGGGAGUUCCCUUGUACUGCUGUUGUUUGAGUGUGUGUGGAGCGUCAAGAACCAACUGUAUGAGUGUCUCUGAGGGCACCGCCCCGUACAUCGCUGGUCAAAAGGGGAGAAAGCAGAAGGGGUGAAGUUUGAAAGUUUGCAGUUUCAAGGCUGGUGACCGUGGGGCUGAGAUCCAGUUGUCAUUGGUAUCCAGGGAGCCCUCCUCUUCCUCCUCCUCCUCCUGCCGCCUCUCUACCACUGCAGUUGCUGGUUGUUGCUAAGGUUGCCUCCAUGGUAACAUGCACAUCCUGUUUACACCUCCAUCCGGGCAAGUUGGUCUAAGCUAGGAACCUACCUACCCUGGACAAUCACUUCCAUCACCACCUGGGGACACCAAUCAUCGUGACACGUGGUCCGCCUUCCACUCAGUCCCCCCAUCCUCUUCCUCCUCCUGCUGCCAAGCUUCAUAUACAAAAAAAAAGAUCUGGGCCAGAGACUGCUGCUCUGAAGCUUAUUGCACAAGACACAGACGAUCUAUUUCCCAACCAGGCUCCCAGAGAAGCACGACGUAAAAAGAAGUGAGGCAGAGAAGCAAGAGACUCUGGUCUCUGGAAGGGAAAAUUCACAUUUCCUCUGGUCGAGGGGCUUGGUAACAACAGGCAAAAUGACGAACCCAACAGAACACUCCUUGCCGGCCAACUCGAUAGUUGAGACCCAAGAAGGGGAAUUUGGCUGCACAGUAAUGGACCUGAGGAAGCUCAUGGAGCUGCGUUCAACUGAUGCAAUAAACCAGAUCAAUGUCCACUAUGGAGGAGUAGUGAAUCUCUGCAGUAGACUGAAAACCAACCCUGUGGAAGGUCUAUCUGGGAACCCUGCAGAUCUGGAGAAACGUAAACAAGUGUUUGGGCAGAACUUUAUUCCCCCCAAAAAGCCCAAGACGUUCUUGGAAUUAGUGUGGGAAGCCCUUCAAGAUGUCACGCUCAUCAUCCUGGAGAUUGCAGCCAUCAUCUCCCUGGUCCUGUCCUUCUACCGCCCCCCUGGGGAAGAAAAUGAACAGUGUGGUCUACCCGUAAGUAGCCCAGAAGACGAAGGAGAGGCAGAAGCCGGCUGGAUUGAGGGGGCAGCCAUCCUAUUCUCAGUGAUCAUCGUGGUGCUAGUGACUGCCUUCAAUGAUUGGAGCAAAGAGAAACAGUUCCGGGGGCUGCAGAACCGCAUUGAAAAGGAACAGAAAUUCUCCGUUAUCCGAAAUGGUCACAUCAUCCAGCUCCCUGUGGCCGAGAUCGUGGUGGGUGAUAUUGCCCAAAUCAAAUACGGUGACCUGCUGCCCGCAGAUGGGAUCCUGAUCCAGGGGAAUGAUCUCAAGAUUGAUGAGAGCUCUCUGACUGGUGAAUCAGACCAUGUCAAGAAAUCCUUGGAAAGAGACCCCAUGUUGCUCUCAGGGACCCAUGUCAUGGAAGGUUCUGGCCGAAUGGUAGUGACUGCUGUGGGUAUCAACUCUCAGACUGGAAUCAUCUUUACCCUCUUGGGGGCCAGUGAAGGGGAAGAAGGGGAGAAGAAGAAGAAAGGUAAAAAACAAGGAGCCCCUGAAAAUCGCAACAAAGCAAAGACUCAGGAUGGAGUGGCCUUGGAAAUUCAGCCACUCAACAGCCAGGAGGGAAUCGACAAUGAGGAAAAGGAGAAAAAGGCUGCCAAGCUGCCCAAAAAGGAGAAGUCGGUGCUGCAAGGCAAGCUGACGCGCUUGGCUGUUCAGAUUGGGAAAGCUGGUCUGAUCAUGUCUGCAAUCACAGUUCUCAUCCUGAUUCUCUACUUCGUGAUCGACACCUUUGUGAUACACAACAGACCGUGGCUGGCGGAGUGUACCCCCAUUUACGUGCAGUACUUUGUCAAGUUCUUCAUCAUCGGCAUUACAGUGCUGGUGGUGGCUGUGCCAGAGGGGCUGCCACUGGCUGUCACCAUUUCACUGGCUUACUCUGUGAAGAAAAUGAUGAAAGACAAUAACCUGGUACGGCACUUGGAUGCCUGUGAGACAAUGGGCAAUGCCACAGCCAUUUGCUCUGAUAAGACAGGCACCUUGACCAUGAACCGCAUGACUGUGGUACAGGCUUAUAUUGGAGACACCCGUUACCAUCAGAUCCCAAGCCCUGAUGUCCUCGUGCCCAAGGUCCUGGACCUUAUUGUCAAUGGCAUUUCUAUCAACAGUGCCUAUACGUCCAAGAUUCUGCCUCCAGAGAAGGAGGGCGGCCUGCCUCGGCAGGUGGGCAACAAAACCGAGUGUGCUCUGCUGGGCUUUGUCACGGACCUGAAGCAGGAUUACCACGCCGUGCGUAGCGAGGUGCCGGAGGAGAAGCUCUACAAGGUGUACACCUUCAACUCCGUGCGCAAGUCCAUGAGCACCGUCAUUGAGAAGCCCGGCGGCGGCUACCGCAUGUACAGCAAGGGUGCUUCUGAGAUCAUCUUGCGCAAGUGUAAUCGAAUCCUGGACAAGAAAGGGGAAGCAGUGCCAUUCAAGAGUAAGGACCGAGAUGAGAUGGUACGCACUGUCAUUGAGCCCAUGGCCUGUGAGGGACUUCGGACCAUCUGCUUAGCUUACCGGGAUUUCAAUGACGUAGAGCCCCUGUGGGACAACGAGAGCGAAAUCCUCACUGAGCUGACCUGUAUCGCAGUGGUGGGCAUUGAGGACCCCGUGCGCCCAGAGGUACCGGAAGCUAUUGCCAAAUGCAAACGAGCUGGCAUUACUGUCAGAAUGGUGACAGGGGACAACAUCAACACAGCCCGAGCCAUUGCCACCAAAUGUGGCAUCGUAACACCUGGGGAUGACUUUCUGUGCCUAGAAGGCAAAGAAUUCAAUCGACUCAUCCGUAAUGAGAAGGGCGAGGUGGAGCAAGAAAAGCUGGACAAGAUCUGGCCUAAGCUCCGGGUGCUGGCGCGAUCCUCUCCCACUGACAAGCACACGCUGGUGAAAGGCAUCAUUGACAGUACUGUCGGGGAACAGCGACAGGUGGUGGCUGUCACUGGUGAUGGCACUAAUGAUGGGCCGGCUCUGAAGAAAGCAGAUGUUGGUUUUGCCAUGGGUAUCGCAGGCACAGAUGUGGCCAAGGAGGCCUCAGACAUCAUUCUAACAGAUGACAACUUCACCAGCAUCGUGAAGGCAGUGAUGUGGGGACGAAACGUCUAUGACAGCAUCUCCAAGUUCCUGCAGUUCCAGCUCACUGUCAACGUGGUAGCUGUGAUUGUGGCCUUCACUGGAGCCUGUAUCACCCAGGAUUCCCCGCUGAAAGCCGUGCAGAUGUUGUGGGUUAAUCUAAUCAUGGACACUUUCGCCUCCUUGGCCCUGGCCACGGAGCCUCCUACGGACUCUCUGUUGAAGCGUCGCCCCUAUGGCCGAAAUAAGCCUCUGAUCUCACGCACUAUGAUGAAGAACAUCUUAGGCCACGCCGUCUAUCAGCUCACGGUCAUCUUUUUCCUGGUCUUUGCUGGAGAGAAAUUCUUUGACAUCGAUAGUGGGAGGAAAGCGCCUCUACAUUCACCACCCAGCCAGCACUAUACCAUUAUUUUCAACACCUUCGUGCUGAUGCAGCUCUUCAAUGAAAUUAAUUCCCGCAAGAUCCACGGGGAGAGGAAUGUCUUUUCGGGCAUCUUUCGCAACCUCAUCUUCUGCUCUGUGGUCUUGGGCACAUUCAUCAGCCAGAUUCUCAUUGUGGAAUUUGGAGGGAAGCCCUUCAGCUGCACGAACCUCACCCUGUCCCAGUGGUUCUGGUGUCUCUUCAUUGGUAUUGGCGAACUGCUGUGGGGCCAGGUAAUCUCCACAAUACCUACCCAAUCCCUGAAAUUCCUGAAGGAAGCUGGACAUGGCACCACCAAGGAGGAGAUCACCAAGGAUGCUGAGGGGCUGGACGAGAUUGACCACGCAGAGAUGGAGCUGCGCCGAGGCCAGAUCCUCUGGUUCCGGGGCCUGAACCGUAUCCAGACUCAGAUCAAAGUGGUCAAAGCGUUCCAUAGUUCCCUCCACGAAAGCAUUCAGAAACCCAAGAACCAAAACUCCAUCCACAACUUCAUGACCCACCCUGAAUUCGCCAUAGAUGAGGAGGGGCCACGAACACCACUCCUGGAAGAACAAGAGGAAAACUUUGAAAAAGUUUCUAAGCCUGGGACUAGGAUGCUUCUGUCGGAUGGUGAGGUCACAACACAUGCCAACAAAAACAACAACGCGGUGGAUUGCAGCCAAGUGCAAAUCGUUGCCUCCCCGUCGGACAGCCCUCUGCACAGCCUGGAGACGUCAGUUUGAGCUUCGUUCUCUGACUCCCAUUCCUGCUUUCCCUAUUUCCCUUUUUAUCUAUCCCGUCAAUAAGGUGAUGAUGGGACUUUUCACUGUCAUGUCAGCUGCUCCCAAGUAUGUGUGAACCCCCGCCUGACCAUAAAGGGGCAAGAGCACAGACCUAGAAGGAUUUCGACUCAAACUUGAGUUGGGGUUUGUAGCAGAACCCAGUUAAACCCCAGGCAGGUAAUGAAUGAUAAAUCUACUCCUCGGGUGUAUCAGUGGUCAUUUUUAAAGAAAUGACGAGAAUCCUCUUGACAUCUACCCCAACCCAAGUUCUCCCCAGCAUUGAUACCUAUGUCAUCAGUCUCCUGACUUCUGGAUUUUUACCCUGUGAGUCUGUACUGUUUACAAGUUCAGUUAAGGGUUCAGAGUGACAAAUAUCCUCAAACGGAAUGUGUUGAGGUAGGAAUGGAAGGUAUAGAAUCAGCCCUUAGAGUGAUUGUUAAAACAACUUUUCCAUUUUGAAAACUGAUACCUAAAGCCCUUUCCCUUUUGCUGCCCAAAGCCUCCCCACCGUCUCUUGGUCUUUCGGGACCAUUGUCUUCCUCACCUUCACUCGUUUUAAGUUGUGAUGAUUAAGAAAAUAGAAAGGACACAGAUGAAUUGAGUCGACUUUGACCCUUUCUCCCUCGUGGUUACUAAUGGAACCAACCCUUGACUUAAUUCUAGAGGCAGAGAGGUUUCUUUGCUAGAAUCGGAGUCCUUUGGAAGCAAUUUAGAGCUGGUAAGAAUGUAUUCCUGCUGUUACCAGGUUAUCUAUUUCCAAACUGCCAUCUUGUCAGGCAAUGUGGUUUCUAAGUGCCAGGGAGAUCAGCCUUGACCAUGAAGUUUGCAUAUAUGUGGUGUGUAGUUUUUACCUGAAGCCUGAGCUUUCUCCUGUUCCUAAAGUGGUGGCAAAGGAAUGAAUUAAGAAUGACCCUGCCUCCUAACUGGACUUGGAUAUUAAGGACCAGAGGCUGACAUGUCUAGGACAAGACAGACCAUCAAAGCUAACUCUGUUGAAUCCUCCUCGGGUAACCACCUCUGCUUUCAAAGCCAUUUGCCAAGGCUCAUCCAAGGCAGGACCUGAUUUUGGCAGAAGUGAGUAUUGAGAGGCCUUGGGAGAGGCCAGAGUGCCGUUCCAGCAGGAUAUGAGAAAGCUUUCCCCUGAGAAACAGAAACCUUGAGCUUAGGUGGCUGGGGACCAGCUUGGACAUUCCCUUCUGUUUUCUAAUUCUACUCUUGACCAUGUCCCCAACUCAUCCAGUCUCUGAAAAGGCCCCAGACUUUCUCAGAUACUCUGAUUUUGAAAAUACGUAUCUGAAGUGGGAGGCUCCAGUGACAUUUUGCUGACUUAAGGAAGCAAAAGACCCACCCUGAAAAGCUCCCUCCCUCCUCCCUCAUGCCUUGCUUGCUCAAGCGCCCUCCAGAAUGUGCUCGUGCUCGAUGCUGCACAGUAAAGCCCUGUGCCUUCUCUCCCCGAACACUGCCCGAAGCAUCCCCUUCCCACCUGCCUCUCAGGAUCUGGGGACUUCGUGAGAUGUUUAAGUGUUCCUUAAUGGGACAAGGUGGAGCCACGUUUGCAGGAGCUCCAUUUCUAUCCCUGCCCACGUUGACGUAAGCUCUUCUGUGCGGGGUCAGCUCGUGUCUGCCAAUUCCUCUCUCCCAUUAGAUAAAGGAAGCCUGUCCCCCUCUUUCCAGGGUGAUGGGAAUAAGGAGAAGGGGCUUGAGGCGCUUAUGGACUGCCAGAUUUCCACUGGGGAGAGUCAGGAGACCUGAACCUCUCCUCUCCAGCCUUUUCUUCUGGGUCCCUCCUCCCUCACCCCUUCCCGUGAGCUGUCCUAGGAAGGAAGAAUAAAGCAACAGAACCCCCUACUCAUGCCCAUUAGCUACAUAAUCCACUGCAUUUGACUUUGGUUUUGUAAAGGCUUCAUGCUUCAGUGAUCUUUUCUCUGUCUUUAAUGCUCAUGGGGGAAGAAACAGCUCACCCAAGGUGUUAGGUUUUCAGAUACAUAUUUAUUAAGUACAUUGGAAGAUUUAGUUCUGUCGAGUCUUUUAUUACCUCAGAUCAGUUUUUAAAACAAACUUUGGAGGCUCUUUUAUCAUUCCUGCUCCCAAAAGACUCUCAUGGUGCCUGACAGGUUACUCUUGAGGGCUUGUGUCUACUUGUUUAAAGUCAAUGGGGUUUUUUUGUGUGUAUUCUAGUUUCCAUAGUAGGAGAGAAAAUAUAGAAAUAUUAUGCAAAAAUAUAUAGUUUUCUUUAGAUCAUAAACUGAUAUUUUUUGAGUCAGCCAUAUGUAUUUUGUUUAAAGGAUUUAAAAUAAAAUGCUGUCAUGUAACCCUGUGGAAGGGAGCACAUAACCAGCUGUUAGACAUGACAAGUGACUUAGUAUAUUUGUAAUUGGUUUGAAACCAAUACACCGUACUUCCUUUCUCCAAACAGCCAUCUUUAUACUUGGGGGGGGGGAAAGAAAUCUCUUGAGUUCUAGAAUUUUUUAAUAUAAAAUUUGUUGAUAUGGGAUUGAGUAAGUUUAAGUGUUUAUGUGCAUAUAUUUUUUAUAUAAGUUUUUUUUUUCCUGUGUAGUUUCAGUGAUCCAACUGGCCAUGAAUAAAUAUGGUAUAAGUUAAUAACGCUUUCCCCCAAAAUGGUGCUUUGAAAAGGGUGUGAUGGGGAAAAUAUUAUCCCAGAUUCCUCUCUCGAUAAACCUAGAAAGAUGGGCUGUAGAUUAUGGCUGAGAAGGAAGGCAUCCAGGAGGAAGGGACAGCCAGCAGGACAGGGAGAUGGGUACCCCCAACUAGCCAUCAGGAUCAGGGGCCUCCUCGGUUAGAUUGGUAUUUCGUGAAGGGCAACCAGCAGAGUGGUACCCAAGACACUGGGCUGCGAGGAUACUCUGAUUUGGGGUUUGCAUUUUUAUGGUUCUCUCACCUCCUAUUGCCCCUGGAGUUUCCCAUGGUUCUCUCACCUCCUAUUGCCCCUGCAGUUUCCCAUUUGUGAUUUUUUUGUGCAAGGAUCUGAUUUAAGACUUCUUUCCCUCCCCUAGAAAAGUUUCAUGCAUUAUAUUAGACGGGAGAUAGAACUCUAAGUGGAAAACAACAGCUGUUUCUAGCCCUGGGUGACAAUCUUAGGACUAGGUCCUUCCCAGAGGUGUCCUCUGCCCUCUGAAGUGACUCCUUCAUUUGUAAAAGUGGCAGAGAGACCAUCGAGAAACCAGCACCUGUGAGUUCUUUAGAGGUUGGGUUUCUUCUUCUCUUUGAGCUUCAGAGGGGAGAGUUUGCACAGUUCAGUCUGAGUGAUUACCUCCCUGCUGAAAACCAGAGGUGUGUGGCAAGCUCACAUGUGCCCCGAAACCUCUAAACACGUCACUUCCUUUCUUCCCUGCUUGCCCGGCCUGGUGAUUGAAGCAGCCCGCGAUGUCAUCACAGAGUGCACACUUCCUCGCUCUUCUUAUCUGGGGACCACCCCACUGCAGUGGUGGAGGUGGGGCACUUUUAAAUGCCCGCUCUUCUCAAGCCAUUCCAGCCUCUUCCUCAGAAUAGACCAGACACCCUUGCAUUCGGCUCAGUGCCAUCCUUUACGUCCCCAGCCCUGCUGUUAGACCCGUUGUCCCCUUUCCUCCUAAUGAGGAGAGGUGGAGGGAGAAGAGCUCCCCAUGACUGAAUUGGCCUUUGGCUCAUGUUUUCUCCCCAUAAUGUAUAUAUGCCAUAUGUGAAUAUGCCAUAUAUAUGUGCCAACAAAUCUAUCUACGUUGUUCUUUUCAAAUCAGCACGCAGAUAGGAUUUCGAGUUUCUUCUUCUUCUUUUUUUUUUUUCAGUAACUAAGUAUAGCAAGCACUGGUAUUUUUGUAUAAAAGAAAAAAAAACAAACAAAAGAUUGACUAUUGUGAUCUGCAUGACAUAAACUAACAAAUGGUGACAUCCAAGCAAUGUGUACCCCAGUGUGUGUUGCCAUAAUUUGCAGGUGAGCUAAACAGUGCACCCAGUCUGUAUUUGCAUUUUGAUAUUAUUUAAGCUCUCUGUACAAUGUUCUGCAUGUAUUUAUAUGGUUCUUAGGGAAAAAAAUGCUAUAAACUGGCAAAUCUGAAAUUCAGAUAUGUUGUUCCACUGAGACAGGAAGAAUAGAAGGAGAGUUUUAAAAGAAGGGAAAAAAGGGAUACUUUUUUUUGGAACCAAUAAAGCCGUCGCUGAUGAGCAGAAACCGAUACUAUUGUGCACUGAGAAUAAAAACCCAUACCCACUUGUAA